UCAGCGAAGACACACAAAGUACUACGGCACUGCUCUACUACGAUUUGGGUACAUUGGACGUGAGAAUUGAUACUGACAACCACCUCAGCGUCCCUCAAUACCCAUGUCGUCGGCAUUGGCGAGAUAUGAAGACUUUCUGGUCAAAAACGUUUCGACCAUCUCUUCGGUGGAGUCUACUCUCAAGUCCAUCACCUGGCUCUUGCCUGGAAGGUUCAAAGACGCUGAACUUGCAUCAGAAGCCUUGUCUGCCCUGCUCAAUGUAACCAGCUUGUAUCACGAUACGUUGCUCGCUAAGAUUGCUCAGAACGACACGAAGCGGAAACCCAUUCUCCCCCUACCUCUCCACACCAAGUACACCCGUGCCUGGUGCGAGAAAGACAGAAAAUACAAAUGGACUGCUAGGAUACUUGAGCUCGUUCGCUUCACCCAACUUCUCGUUGAGAUGGGAAUGCGGCGCAAGUUCUCUGAGAAGAACAGGUGGAGAGGCGUUGUCGUUAUCGAGAGUAUCAAGGUCAUUCUCCGCCUCGUUAUGCUCAGGAUAACUCGCAGACCCCUCGUUUCGCCCGCUAUUCCAGAGCGCUACUUUGAUCCUGCUUCCCUUCCGCCGUCCUCAAUCCAUUCUUCCCCUACUCUCGUUCCGACCACUCCGCCUGCUUCUCCACCUGCGACGCCGGACCAUCUGAAGAACAAUCAUGUACCAUUACAACCCAGCUCUUUAAUGCUGACUCCUCCUCCCGGCCACUCGGAUUCUUCCAUCGAAGAUUAUCUCCUUCCAAAGGCGUUGACCACUUCGUCCGUCCGACCUUCUCUUCAACUUGUUGCCCCACUUGCAUCCAUCCAAGACUGGCUGGCUGAGGUCAUAUACGUCGCCAGGCCUCUAAUAUACGUCUCCAUGUUGAGCACAAGCAGGCAUAAAGACCGCGCUCUCCUAACUGCCCUUGGGAUUGACAUUUUGUCCCGCAAUCUUCGGAGGGCGCCCUCAUGCUCUGCGUCUGUCGAGGGAAACGAAUAUGCACGCAGGGACCGUGACUUGGUUUGGUAUCUCUUCAGGGGGUCCGCCUGGGAGCUGUACACACGGCCAAAACUCGAGUCGCUGGUUGAAAAGGCAGCCCAUGUACCAGGUUUAAGUCUGAUAAGCGCAGUAGUGAAAGACUGGGUACCCCUGAUUGACGAAUACUACUAUUAUACUGCACUAUGACUUCACCUAGUAUGGUCACGAGCCACAAGAUAAAUUAUCCCCUUUUUUCACGUCGAAGGUCAAGUUGAUCCCUUUUAUGCCUCACCAAACAAUAGUCGGAUGGGAGAUGAAGUCAACGCUGGGAUGAUGGCGUUACACAAAGACAAUUUCUAGGCAUUGUCACUGCUGUAGCUUCCACCUUCAAAGUUGAUAUGAACUUGUUGGAUAUUGGGAACUUACAUCUGGAGGUUCUAUGUAAACUGUCGACAGAGUUGUAAUUUUGCAAGCCUCCAUGGUGACUGAGUCCUCACUGCAAUUGUGCACACAAGGGCUCCUCGCC